AUAUCAAUUUAUACCCCCCUCCCCUCCAGGUUAACAGUUUACCUUUCGCUGCAAUGAUUGAGUUUUUCUGAGCUACUGAGCCAUAUGAUCACAGUGAAUCUUCUUAUGGUUUUCUGAUAUUUCGCCACAGAGUGCCACGUCUUUCAAGCUACACAUCAAGAUGAGGGUUACCCGCUUGUCUCCAUGUUUUCAAGUUUUUAUUUUCGUUGCCGUGGUUACCGGCAUUGGCCUGUUGAACGUCGUAUUACUCCCACGCGCUGGGCGGGGCGUGGACAAGAAACAAUCUGCGUGGGUGUUUCGUUCACAAGAUGGCGUCGAACUGCUGCCCAUAAAAGAAGGAAGUUUCCAGCAGACGCUGGUGAUUUUUGACGAGAGUAAAUCUCCGUAUAUACAAAAACCUGGAACUGAUAUGACAGGCACCGUGUACACUAAGCACAAGCCAGAAGGAGCAGUUGAAAUAAAAACGAUUGGUUUCUACAACCCACUCAAGCAACUCAACUUCUUGUUGAAAACUAACUUCAGUCACUGUGAAUACGACAAGUGUCAAAUGGUUCACAACGUGGAAGUUGCAGACGCUGUUUUGUUUCUUGUUGCCCGUUUGACAACUGCUCCCGUUCCAACAUUUUACAGGAAACCUGGCCAACUUUGGAUCCUAAAGACUGACGAGGCACCGUCACGGUUCACCUGGUUUGAAAGUCUGGACAGAGCGGGACUACGGGACCAGUUCAACUGGACAUUGACCCACAAGCUGGACAGCGACAUCCCCAUCGUCUACAGCAAGCUCAUCCGCAACGACAUCAUACAGGAGAAGGAUUACGGAAAAAUCUUUGACGGUAAAACACGAACGGCUGCCUGGUUUGUGAGCCACUGCCCAGUCAGAUCAGACCGGUUGAUCUAUGUCCAUAAAAUGCAAAACAGGACGGACAUUGAUGUGUUUGGCAAAUGUGGCAACUACUCAUGUGGAACGGCUGAGCUAGUUCCUGGUGUCCAGAGCAUGCGUAAGAAGGAGGACAAGCAGAUGUGUUUCCCCAUCUUGACCAGCACGUACAAGUUUUACCUGGCCUUCGAGAACUCUCUGUGCCAGGAGUACAUCAGCGAGAAGUUCUUCAAGAUCUUUGACAACGUCGAUGUCGUUCCUGUCGUCAGGGGUGGGGCGGAUUACAAGCGUUACUUCCCACCUGACAUGUAUGUCGACGCCUCAGAUUUUUCCACCCCUGAAGCUCUGGCCGACUAUCUGGAUGAUCUAGGCAACGACAGAGACAGAUACAUCACCUACCUCAGGAACAAGGACAGGUACCGGAUGAUCCCCCACUUCCCUGACUGGCAGUGUCAGCUGUGUGAGAGGCUCCACACGGACCACCGGCCCCACCAGUACCACAACAUCCACCAGUGGUGGACCCACGACUCGUGCCACGACCCCAUAGACUCCCUCGCCUUUUGACCAGCCUGUCUACGUCAUCACGACCCCAUAGACUCCCUCGCAUUUUGACCAGUCUGUCUACGUCAUCACGACCCCAUAGACUCCCUCGCAUUUUGACCAGCCUGUCUACGUCAUCAAACUUCAAUUCCAGCCGUCUUGUUCAUUAAAAUUAGUGUCAUGUUUUUUUUAUAUUUAACAAUUACCACUUCAGUUUGUACACAAAAUAUAAACAAUUAUAAUUAAUCCACUGUGUUAUAACCGGUACGAUGUCUAACACAAUUAGAUGUGUAUUUUGUAAAAAAAUGUCAAACACGUUGUUACAUAAUCUUAUUUUAUUGAGUAAGUGUUUUCAUAGAAAUGUUUAAUACAUUUUCAUUUCAACAUUAUCAAGUGAGUUAGCGACACAGAGCUUUUAAAAUACUAAUACUGCGGUAACUUUGAUGUUAAAUGAUUGAAAGUCAUACGGAAAUUUGCUGUCCUACGUAGAGAGGGCGCUAUAUUCGCCACUUGGCCACGGAACACACCAACUCUACUUCACCUUCCAUGUGACUGUUGACGAUAAAACCGUGUUUUAACAUAUUUCUUUUAAAAGACCAUUUC